CCAACUGAAAUCAUUUGGUAAAAUAAGAUCAGUCCUCAUACUUUUUUGUUUUGUUUACAGUUGUCUCAUUAAAUCUUCACUUAAAAUAGGUGUCUGUAUUAUCUGCGUAGCCUUGGCAGGAUUAUGAGGCAGAAGGACUGUAUAAGGCUGUGGUCCCCAACCCUCAGGCCAUGGUGGAGGUCCGAGGCCUGUUAGGAACCAAGCCACACAGCUGGAGCUGAGCAGUGGCCGAGUGAGCGAAGCUUCAUCUGUAUUUACAGCCAUUCCCCAUGGUUCACAUCGCCGCAUGAGCUCCGCCUGCUGUCAGUACUGGAUGAACGAAUACACCUCAUCCAUUGGAAUUGGAGUUUUUCAUUCAGGAAUUGAAGUAUAUGGCAGAGAAUUUGCUUAUGGUGGCCAUCCUUACCCCUUUUCUGGAAUAUUUGAAAUUUCCCCAGGAAAUGCUUCUGAACUAGGAGAAACAUUUAAAUUUAAAGAAGCUGUUGUUUUAGGGAGCACUGACUUCCUAGAAGAUGAUAUAGAAAAAAUUGUAGAAGAACUGGGAAAAGAAUAUAAAGGCAAUGCUUAUCACUUGAUGCAUAAGAACUGUAAUCACUUUUCUUCAGCUUUAUCAGAGAUUCUCUGUGGGAAGGAGAUUCCGCGCUGGAUCAACCGGCUGGCCUACUUCAGCUCCUGCAUCCCCUUCCUGCAGAGCUGCCUCCCGAAGGAGUGGCUGACGCCGGCCGCGCUGCAGUCCAGCGUCAGCCAGGAGCUGCAGGACGAACUGGAGGAGGCGGAGGACGCCGCCGCGUCCGCGCCUGUGGCCAGCGCCGCCGCGGGCAGACCCGGGCGCCACACCAAACUGUGACCGCCUCCAAAGCCCCGCUGUCGGAGCUGCCCCUGGCACUGGCUGUCAGUAGGGAAAAGUAAACAGUAAGCGUCCUUUGGGUAUUUUGUAUGCAAAGAUGGCUCUCCCCCAAAUCCCAGUUUUUCAGCUCAGGAUUAUAUUUGUAAUCAAAAAAAUCACUUGGCGCAGGAGGGAGAACUUUGUACGAAGCUGCCCUCUGUUUUUUUACCCACUUGUAAAUUUGGAUUUACUUCUUCUGUUUUCUACAAGCUCUGUUAAGUUAUGUUUACAGUAUUUUGUAUCGCCGUUUACAAACCUUGCAUGGACUCCUGCCACCGUGAAAGAAAAUCAUCUUCAUGUCUUCGACAAUUAGGCAGGUAAUCUUUGUACACUCCUGACAAUUGCCAGAGCUGUGGCAUAAAUACUAGGCACACAACAAGGUACUCACACGGUUCGAGUCGUCCUUACCUGCUUCAGAAUCGUCUGUUAGGUUUCUGUCUGUUGCGUUGCUGUGGUUGGCACCGGGGUGCAGAGCGCCCGCAGUCCUGCCGCCCGAGUGGCGCGGCUCCCACGGGGCGCUCAGUUUCACCCCGAGGAUCCGUCCGUGUAGGCAGGUGGUGGGCUCUCCUGUCCUUCCGGCUUUGCUGCCUCUCAUUCUACAAUUAUGGUUUUUGUUAAAGAUAUUCUUGUUAGUAACUGACAAGUGUUUUUGCACAUGUUUUGGGGGAGGGGCUUCGUGGUUAUUUUAAACACACAUCGAUUUCCGCCCUGCACAGGACUCUGCUGGUGGUUGGGAAUACCCUCGGUGGUAGCCUUCCGAGCAGCAGGAUGAGUCGACGUUCAGCUGCUUUUAACUAUUCAGGCUGCCUUUUUUAUACUAGACCUUGAAAACCAGAGUCUAAAGCAACACAUCCCCCCCCCCAAAAGUAAUUCUUUGAUAUUUCAUACUUUUUAUGUACCAUAUCAGAGCUUGUUAAUUUUUUAUGGGAGUCGUUUCACCUCAUAGUAGGAUGCUUAGUCUUGUGGACAUCUUGUUAUAUUUGUGUCUUAAAUUUCAUCUUACGUUGUCCUAUGUAUGUCUCUUCUGUAGCAUACUCUAAGAAUGAAACUGUCACCACAGAUAAAUCCUCAUUAGCAAGGACUGUCUGUUCCGGUCUACGCUGUGUGACCCUUGGAUGUAAGAACCAAGUCAUUACACGUCAUUCAGUUUUUCUGCCUUAAGAAUGAAUGUCCUACACAGAAUAACGGAUGCAGUGUAUAAAGUAUCCAAGGCAGCGACUGCAGCUUCAUACAUAUGUUGUUAGUUUUUAAAGUUAUUUACAUUUAUUUAAACUUUUAGAUGGGAUCGUUUGCCACUUUUUCAAAUGUUUCUUUCCUUCUCUGCUUUACCUGAAACCCGACCGUCCCUCGAGAAGCUCUGUGAGAAGGUACAUAUCUUUCAGUAAACUACAUUUUUGACUUUUCUAUAAGCUGAUUUUUGUUCAUUGUAUCAACUUAAGCACACCCUGUUCAUAGGGAAAAUAAAGCUUGGGUUAGAAGCAUUGGCCUCAGGACAGUGAAGCCACUUAAGCUGAUUUAUGCUUUUGACUGUCCUGUUUGCAGAGAGGAAAGCCUUGACAGGUCUCUCCCAGUUCUUUAGGGAGCAGAACACUUGUUUUAAAAGUCGUGGCAGAAGAGAAGAAUAUUAUGAACUUUAUGAAAUGCUGACUUGGUUCAGAUUUCAAAAUGAGAUUUAGGACAAAACACUAAGGCUCUAGCAGGGAGAUGUUCUCGCUAGAAAGAGUCCUGUCACCAAAACCCAGCUUAGCAGAGUGUUUGAUGUAGUUAAUGUGGACUGUAGUUUUUUCUAAUUCAUUCAAAUAUACAUGAUUUAAACCUGGGCUACUGACACAAAGGAGUAGCCGUUACUCAGACACUUCUUGGUGAAUAUCUGGGAACAUCCCCAUCUGUGCUAUCAGAAUCCAGCAGCUCAGCACACAGAUGGUUUUAUUGCUAAUUUGUUGUAUUUACUUUCACCUGCAGCAUUUAGAAUUUAAAAAUACUGUAAAGGGUUCUAGUAGAAAUAAGGCCAAUUAUCCUAACAGUCGGCAGGUAAAAUUCUAGGCAUGAGAUUCUUUGCAAUCUAAUUAUACCUGAGGUUGAGAAAUAAAUGUCUUCCUUCAGAAAAUCCCAUUCAAGUCAGGCCUUCUCUACAGUUCAAAAUUGAGACUAGACUUCAUUAGCAUUUAACCAGCUUUUACUUGCCCUUGGAGGAAAAGAAUCUUGUUCUCAACCUGAUUUCUGUUAAGAAAAAUCCUGUAUCAAAAAUCUGGUUAUAUACGUGUGAUAUGACGGAGUCUGUUGUAACCAAGUGAAACAUCCUCAUGGUGGGCUGGACAGCAAUAUGGUGUUAGAGGGGCAGAAGCUUCUGGUUUCUGCUGUUUGUUUUAAACACCCUUGGGGUUUGGGGGGUUUUUUUGGUUUUUUGUUUUGUUUUUUAACCCUUCCAAGGGAGCAUCAGCUUUGGAAAGUGUGACUUGCGGGACUGUGGAAGGCAGUGGUACACAAUCUUAGCCUCCACUUGAUGCCUGAACUCCAGCCGACUAUUGCUCCGACUCACAGCAAUAGUGCACGUUACCCAUCACCAGCAUUUGUACAGAGCAGGGAAUUCCGGUUUCAGUCAGUCGGUGCAUCGUGUGUGUGAGGAGAUUCAACGCGACAGACAGCUGCGGGACUCUAGCUCCAUGGCUUCUUUCCAUCUCAAAACGGGUAGAAACACAUUCACUGCUUCAGGGUUCUAAUCUGUGUCUCUCCUUAUGGCUCCAUUUCUGUAAGCGACUGUAAUCUUGAUGUAUGCUGUAUUUUCGUUAAAUGACUAAGUUUCCAAGACCUGGGGUUUUUGUUCCGCAAGCUGGCCAUACUGCCAUCGUAGCCCCUUUUCUUCGGUAUGGCUGGUUCCAGAGUGCAACUCCAUCAUUAGACUUCGUCUACUCGUUCAACACACAUCUUCGCUGUUUGAAGGGUGUUACAGCUGUCAAAGAAUCUUCAUGGACCUGAAGAUAAUUUCUUGUGAAGUUGAAUGCAAGUGUACUGUCAUUCAUAGUGUUUAUAUAAAAAUACCAGGAAUCUUCACUUUUGCUACCUUGAUAUAGCAUUGGGCUAUCAUGUUACAACAUUGAAAUACAUUGAUUUAUUAAAAAAUACUUUUAUAAGAAA